CCUUUAUAUUUUCAAUUUUUUUAAAUCUCUGGCCUUCUCUCUGGCUAUAGUGAUAUAUCAUAGUAACUUUUAACAUUAUUAUAUUUUUCAUUGUUUUUGUCGCUAUUUUGGAGUUCGUACGGGAUGGGUAUAGCCACGGAGCGCACCCCAACACCGCAAACUAAUGUUCACGAACGCUCCCUUGUAAACACUAAAAAAUAAAAACUUCGUUGCUAAGUAACCGAAACUAUUGCUAAGUAAACUUUCGACUAUGCAAACGGUCACAAAUAUAAUGUUUUCUGAUAGACAUAAUUACUAUAUGUAGUUAGGACUAUGGGUAAAAUAAAUAUAUCAGCGGACUAUCGUGUCGAUCAGUCGAUUGCUAAUUUUAAAUUAAGGGUCAAAAUCUUGCAGCAGAAAUCACUUCUUGCUGAAUUGUUUGAAGGUGAAACAAGAGACUCGAAUUUCGUAGAAUGUGAAGAUACAAUAAUUUCUUGGCAGGAAAAAAUAUUUAGUCCUUAUGAAAUAAAAUUAUAUCACGAUAUAAGUAAUUGUAUCAAUGAUGUGCAGAAAAAAUAUCAUGAAGAAAUUAUUAGUAAAAAUAUAACUAAAGGCUCUCGGCUGUACACUUACACGCAAAAUGAUUAUAUGUUUUAUAAAAAUAAAAACCCCGUGACCAAAGAAGGUUUUCAAUCAUUUUUGUCAUUAAAAAAUGAAUUGGCGCUUCCUUCUAUUAUGCAAAACAUGAAACCUUUUACUGAGCGAUACAACAAAAGAAUGAUCAGUGAGAGUCCAUAUGACACAUGGAUUCGUAGAAACCAUUAUCUCUACAAAAAUAGAGUUGUUAUGUAUGUUAUGGUUGAUUUGACAUCCAAAGAUGAAGCUUUCCAUGAUAUGGAGGAUUCAGAAGUACUUUUGUGCACAGUGACAUUUGACAAAACCCGAAAAAUAUUAACUAUAGAUCCGGACUUAAGUUUCAAUAAGCCCUACACAAUUGAUAAAACUUUUAUGAAUUUUGAUUACUGGAUUGAGCAUGUAUCGUGUGGACAAAUACCCCAGGAAAUUCAAACACAGAAGAAGUUUUUGCGUCAUAAAAUUAAAAAAAAAAAUGUUAUAAAAGCUACUAAAAUUUAUCCUGAAAUCAAACAACCACUAUGCAAUAUUCUUCGAUUAUAUUUAACAAUUGAUUUUACAAAAGUCUAUGGAUUUUCGUAUGACGCCAUGUAUCUGUCAUACCUGAUUGAUUUGCCAAAGUACUGGACCACAAAUCAGCCCGGGCGAUUAUCAGGCAGAAGUCAACGUUGUCGUAUGUCUAAUGGUACGGCUAAUUUCAGCUAUGUAAUAGAUAUGACCUUAGAUUUGAACUUAGACUAUUUGAAAAAUGAUAAUACAGAUAUAACUUGGCCACAAUUACUCAUCGCUGCAGCCUCAUUCGACAGCUGGACCAGAUACAGAAUCGAAGGCUAUGUCUCCCUUCGACUAUUUCAAAUGUCAGGUAAUUGUUUGCUAAAACUACAAACGUGGCGGCCAGUAGCAAACUUUUCGAGUAAACUUCGUCGUUUUUUCACUGGAGGAAUAGCUGAGUUGGAGGAUUUGACGUACAUUGGUAUACCUGAGGAAUAUGGAAAUUCAAUAUUAGACAAAACACACCUGCAGAUCAUGUCUAGUGGAACAAUCGAAGUUAACAUAAAUGUAAUUCAGCAGUGUCGACACUUUUCCAGGAGUCAAGAUGUCACUCGAGAAACCUUUGAUCAAUUUAACGCUGGUAUAUUAAUAAAUAAUAUCGAGAGUGCAUUGAAACAAUUUAAAAUUGCAAGAGAGCGUAUGAUUUAUGCUAGAGCUACAAGCUGAUAAAGUUUGUUUUUUUGAGCUCAAUCAUUGAACGAAUACUUUUAUAACGGAGUUGAUUUUAUUCAAACAAAAAUAACAAUUUACAUUUAAAUGUUUUUGACAAUACCUUUUUUUUAUCGAUUUUCACUAUAAUAUAAUAGAUAUCUGUUAUUUUAUUCAAGACUAUCGCUAUUAUUAUUAGGUUUACUAUACAGCCUUUUUUUUUUAUUUUUACUUAAGAUCGUGACUAAUAUUAUUUAGUGAUUCAAGGUAUUAGAAUUUUUUAAAAUUAAUUCACAGUUUUAAUUUAUAUCUAAUAGUCCGUAAGAUGAUGCCAAAAAACGUAAACAGAACCGAAUUGAACAAAUACCUGUUAAAUGGUAGUUCUUGAGACCCAGAACACGGUUCACCUAAUGCCAAGCAAUUUUUUUUUGCCCCCGUCCACAGGUAAGCCAGGUAAAAAUUGAUAAUUAAAACAACUCAAAAUUGAUUGGUGUUUGUUUAAUACUUUUAAUUUUAUUAUAUCAAGUUAAUUUUAAAAUCUCAAUCAAAUUAGUUUUAGCCCGGCCGAGAUAUUAAUUUUUGAAAAUUGAAAAAAACACGAAUUAUUAUUAUAA